AUGCCUGCAGGCUCUGUCACAGCUGCAACUCGUGCUUCGGCUGAACAUCAUGUCUCUGAGGCCUCAUCUCUGCUAUAUGCUAGCAGUGAGAAAGAAAAUGUAGGCUGUACUGGUGGCGGUUUUAAAGUGGAGAUUUGUUAA